AUUCGUCACAAACUUUCCCAGGAAGACGCCAAGUUCAAUGUCAACGUCACCUGGUCGGUAGUUUUCCACUCACGCUUGGUCAUAUGGCGCUCUAGGAUGUAUCCCACCGCGAUGGUAUAAAUGGUCUUCGUCCUGAAUAGCUUUUACACAGCGCAAUGUUCUAUCCUAGCCUCGAAUCAUUUCACACAGACCUUCCGACAGUCGUCGGCACUGUUCUUGUACUGGUCAUUCUGGUUCAUCUGGUCCCCUACCUCGUCGAUUCCCAUGGCCUCCGCUCGUAUCCUGGGCCUCUUAUCGCCAAGUUUUCCGACGCAUGGCUGGCAUACGCGUCCUAUAAGGGACAUCGUUCAGAAGUCAUCCAUGACUUGCAUAAGAAAUAUGGACCCUUCGUUCGCAUAGCGCCUGACCAUAUUUCUGUCGCCCUUCCGGACGCACAGACCACCGUCUACGGGCAUGGGAAUGGCGCGCUCAAGUCCUCGUUCUAUGAUGCUUUCAAUCUUUCUUCUUCGCAUAGCAUGUUUAGCACUCAGGAUCGCCAGGUCCACACUCGGAAACGAAAGAUUAUCUCACAUAGUUUUUCGCCGAAGAGUGUGCUGGAAUUUGAACCUCAUGUACGUCAUUUCGUCGGUCAGCUGCUACGACAGUGGGAUAGGCUAUAUGACGGGGCCCUGGAAGGCCUGUCAGGUCAGGAAGGUGAGGGUUGGACAGGUCGUGAAGGGCGGUUUUGGCUGAACUGCUUCCCGUGGUUGAACUACCUCACAUUUGAUAUCAUCGGUGAUUUGGCGUUCGGCGCGCCAUUCGGAAUGGUCAAGGCAGCCAAGGACAUAGCUCAAGUACCUGAAGAUCCGUAUGCCGUGAUGAGUUCUUACGGACAGGGGACCGGAGCGAAGUAUGCUAUGAAGGAAAUCCCAGCUGUCAAGAUUUUGGGUGGACCAAUGGACCAUACUAUCGCCACGAUGGGAGUGGUUCCUUCGUGGUGGAGGCUGCUGCUCAAGCAGAACCCGCUCUUUAGGCAAGGCCAAGAAGAUCUUGGCGCCAUAUUCGGAAUGGCAGUCGUGGCCGCUACGAAGAGGCUGGAGGUACCUACAGAUAGGAAUGACCUGUUGAGCAAGCUGCUAGCCGGAAAGGAUGAACAAGGCAAUCCAAUAGGCCGAGAAGAGCUCAGUACAGAGGCAUUUGCGUUUCUUAUUGCGGGAUCAGACACGACCUCCAUUUCUUCCUGCGCCAUCAUCUACUACCUGGCACGCACGCCGGACAUACAAGACAAACUCCACAAAGAGCUUGACGAGCACCUUGACUCGGACGUCGCUACAGCUGAACGAGUCAAGAAACUCACCUAUUUGCACGCAUGUAUCAACGAAGGGCUGCGACUGCACUGCACACUGGGUGUGGGACUUCAUCGUGUAGCACCCGAGAGUGGUAUGAUGGUUUCCGGAAAUUAUUUCCCCGGAGGCACAAUUAUUAGUGCUCCUAUCUACACUAUCCACCGGGACCCUACGGUAUGGGGGAACGAUGUGGAAGAGUACAGGCCGGAGAGAUGGUUUGAGUGUGAUAGUGCGGCUGUGGCGAAGGCGUUUACUCCGUUCUCUGUUGGCCCUCGAGCUUGUAUUGGGCGUAAUUUAGCAAUGCUCGAGCUGCAAAUUAUCAUUGCGUCGAUUUUGAAGCGCUUCCAUUUCGUGUUGGAGAAUCCUGAUGAAGCUCUCGGAGUGAAAGAAGGAUUUUUGAGGAGGCCAACUGGUUGUCGUGUUGGAGUGAAAAGACGCGAAGUGUUCUAGAUAGCCGUUCGGGGUAUUGCAAAGCUGGCUCUUACCGAAUAUACAACUUUUUCUCAACCAUAAGUAUG